AUCUGGCGUUCACUGCAGCGCUGGUCCGGCAGUCUCUGAUAUCUGUUCCUGAUCUCCAUGAAGUCCUGCGUCUCCUGCUGCCUACAGGACCUGAAGGAGAGCUGCUGUCACUCAUGGAUGCUCUUGGACCCAGAGAAGAGGAGGCGUCAGGUUGCUGCAGGGCUCUGGCACACACACUGAAGCAGGACGUGUUGAGCAGAAGCGCUGGUCACGCACAGCACACACACCGAGAGACGCAGCGGCUGAUGAAGAAGCGUCAGCAGUGUCUGGAUGCGCUGCUGUCUACAAACACUCCUGCGGAUCAGCAGAGAAGACGUCGACGCACUCGAGACCAGCCUGAGGCGGAGCUCACGAGGACACAUGAUAAUGAGGGGGCGUGUCCUGUGGGUGUGGCUCAGGGCAGAAUUGACACUACUAUUAUGCAUGAUAAUGAGGGGGUGUGUCCUGUGGGUGUGGCUCAGGGCAGAAUUGACACUACUGUUAUGCAUGAUAAUGAGGGGGUGUGUCCUGUGGGUGUGGCUCAGGGCAGAAUUGACACUACUGUUAUGCAUGAUAAUGAGGGGGUGUGUCCUGUGGGUGUGGCUCAGGGCAGAAUUGACUCUACGAGGACACAUGAUAAUGAGGGGGCGUGGCCUUUGGCUCUGGGCAGUAUUGACUCCUCUGAGCGGCUGUUUGUUUUCCGCUGUGCUCCGCCCACAGCGCAGCAGCACACACACAAGAAGAAACGCAGCUUCCUGAACUUCAAGAAGAGCAGCGUGGCUCCGCAACCACACACGUGACCAACCACACACCCCAAUGCAUGAUGGGAAGGCAUGUGUAUUACUCAUGUUUAAUGCGGUACUUAUUGCUCCUAGAGGAAGAUCGAUUAGGGUGUUUCCUGUUGAUGUGUGUGUGUGUGUGUGUGUGUGUGUGUGUGUGUUCAUCUGUUCGUGAGGGCCAGGUUGCAUGUUCUAUUGUCCUGGUAAAGACGUGUGUUAUCUCAAUACAGUUCUUCAUCCUCCAGUGUGCAUGUUCAAUACUCAUAUCAGCUGAUCACCUGAGUCAGAUACACCUGCAGCUUACAGCUUUGUGUGUGUGUGUGUGUGUGUGUGUGUGUGUUCUGCGCUGUUAUGCUGCUGUGUGGCCGCCAGAGGGCGACACGAGCUUUAUACUGGCUUUUUUAGAAGCGUUAUUAACACCACAAGAGGAUUUACAGUCUACACUAGACAGACAAAUCAAAAUAAACACCAGCAGAGUCACGUGUUCUCAGUGCUCUGUGUGUGUGUGUGGACUCUCAGGAGGUGUACUCAUCAUCUGAAGACUUUAAUAAAGCAGUAUAUGAGCA